GUGGCUUUCACUUGACCCUCCCAUUCCCCGUGUGUCCCAGCAUACGCGCGUACGCCUGCGAGCUUCCUGGUUAUGGCAAUAUUAAUCCAGCUAACCCGGACGCAAGCUCACUGCUGGUUUAGCCACAGCAAACGACUUUUCUCGUCUUCCUGCAGACACGCAGUCAUCCGCCGAAGCAUGGCCUCAGACCCGACGGCAACAGAGAUAACCCGGUUCGACUUUCUGGUGAUCGGCGGCGGCUCCGGAGGUCUGGCCAGCGCUCGGAGAGCGUCGGAGCUCGGGGCAUCCACCGCCGUGAUCGAGAGUCACAAACUCGGAGGUACCUGCGUCAAUGUUGGCUGCGUCCCUAAGAAGGUUAUGUGGAAUGCGGCAGUUCACGCUGAGUAUCUCCAUGAUCACAGUGAUUACGGCUUUGACGUUGGACAUGUCAAUUUCAGUUGGGAAACUCUCAAGGCGAAAAGGGAUGCUUAUGUGAGCCACCUGAAUCGCAUUUAUCGCAACAAUCUGGACAAGGCUAAAAUCCAAACUAUUCAAGGUCAUGCCAGGUUUACCAGCGACCCCGAGCCUACUGUGGAGGUCAAUGGAAGAAAGUAUACAGCGCCUCACAUCCUCAUUGCCACUGGAGGGCAGCCUUCUGUUUUGAGUGACACUGAAGUUCCAGGUGCAAAUCUGGGCAUUACCAGUGAUGGCUUUUUUGAACUUGAAACUCUGCCAAAGCGCAGUGUGAUUGUUGGUGCUGGUUAUAUUGCAGUGGAGAUGGCAGGCAUCCUUUCCACCCUGGGGUCCAAAACAUCCCUCAUUAUUCGUCAGACUGGAGUUCUGAGGAACUUUGAUAGCCUCAUAAGCACAAACUGCACCAAAGAACUGCAAAACUCCGGUGUAGAUGUGUGGAAGAAUUCUCAGGUGAGGUCUGUGCGUAAAACAGACAGAGGACUGGAGGUGACGCUCGUCACCAAAGAUCCUGAGAAGAAGAACGAAGAGGAGAAGGUCAGAACCAUCCAGGAAGUGGACUGUCUUCUGUGGGCUAUCGGCAGGCAGCCUAACAUCUCUGGGCUGAACAUUGGCGAGAUGAAUGUGAAUACGGAUGAAAAAGGCCAUAUCAUUGUGGAUGAGUUUCAGAACACCAGCCGAGCGGGGAUCUACGCAGUAGGGGAUGUUUGUGGCAAAGCUCUUCUUACACCUGUUGCCAUUGCUGCAGGGAGGAAGCUGGCACACAGACUGUUUGAGGGCAAGAAGGACUCCAAGUUGGACUACUCUACUAUCCCCACAGUGGUGUUCAGUCACCCACCCAUCGGAACAGUGGGCCUCACAGAAGAGGAGGCCAUUAGGUCUACAGGAAAGGAGAACGUGAAGAUCUACAAGACUUCUUUCACUCCCAUGUAUCAUGCUAUCACGAGCAGGAAGGUUCAGUGCAUCAUGAAGCUGGUGUGUGUGGGCAAGGAGGAGAAGGUGGUCGGCCUGCACAUGCAGGGCCUGGGCUGUGAUGAGAUGCUGCAAGGCUUCGCUGUGGCCAUCAAAAUGGGUGCUACCAAAGCAGACUUUGACAAGACUAUUGCCAUUCACCCCACGUCAUCUGAGGAGUUUGUCACAAUGCGUACUCGUGUGGUAUUAGCCAUUUUGCGAAGUUCCUGCACUUCAGUUCCGAUCCCCGCUUCAGCGAGGAUGUUCCCCAGCCUGGCCCACAGACCAUGGCAUGUCUUCUGCAGGGUCUCCUUGCAGCACAGGGCGUCCCUGUCGCAACGGUUCCCGAGGUUACCCCAGCUCUGCUACGGUUGGCAGAAUGGAGGCAUACAUAGCUUAUGGUUCAGCCUUCCAGACUGCCGUGUUGCCUCUUUAGGGCUGGGCAAGGUGCAGUACUAUUCUGCCUCUGGCAACAGUACAGACGGUCCUCCUAAAUCAGCAUCAGGUGAUGCUCCUUCAGCAGAAAGCAUCUUGUCUGCUGGUACAAAUGCAACCCCAGCUGCAUCAGGGAAAACACCUCAGGUGCUGUCCAAAGCUGAGGCAAUCCAAGUGAAAGUUCGGGCAGUCCUGAAGAAAAGGGAGUAUGGACCCAAGUACACUCAGAACAAUUUUAUCACUGCAGUCAGAGCCAUGAAUGAGUUCUGUCUCAAACCAAGUGAUCUGGAACAGCUUCGAAAGAUCAGACGACGCAGCCCCCACGAUGACACAGAGGCUUUCACUGUCUUUUUGCGGUCAGACGUGGAGGCCAAAGCAAUGGACGUAUGGGGAAGCAAUGAAGCUCUGGCCCGAGAGAGAAAUCUCAGGAAACAGGCGGAGAGAGAGUACCAAGAGAAUGUUUUUCGGAAUCAACAGUUGUUGAAGGAAUACAAAGACUUUUGGGGAAACACUAAGCCUCGAUCGGGCAAGAGGACAACGUUUCUGCAAGGGCCAGGGAAGGUGGUCAUGGUCGCUAUUUGCAUCAAUGGAUUGAAUUUCUUCUUCAAGCUCCUGGCUUGGGUCUACACUGGAUCAGCGAGCAUGUUCUCCGAGGCCAUCCACUCUCUGGCCGACACCUGCAACCAGGCUCUGCUCGCCCUGGGGAUCAGCCAGUCAGUCCGCAACCCUGAUGCUGGACACCCGUAUGGCUUCUCCAACAUGCGCUACAUUGCCUCCCUCAUCAGUGGAGUGGGCAUUUUUAUGAUGGGAGCAGGCCUCUCGUGGUACCAUGGCAUCAUGGGAUUGCUCCACCCAGAACCAAUUGAGUCUUUGUUAUGGGCUUACUGUAUUUUGGCAGGCUCCCUGGUGUCUGAAGGAGCCACAUUACUCGUGGCCAUCAAUGAGAUAAAGAAGAGCGCCCACCAGAAUGGACUGUCUUUUUAUGAAUAUGUAAUGCAGAGUCGAGACCCCAGUACUAACGUAGUGCUGCUGGAGGAUGCAGCUGCUGUAUUGGGAGUCAUUUUGGCUGCUGGCUGCAUGGGGCUCACAUCAAUCACAGGUAACCCGCACUAUGACAGUUUGGGUUCUCUCGGCGUGGGCACGUUGCUGGGCACCGUCUCAGCCUUCCUCAUCUACACUAACACAGAGGCCCUGCUGGGACGCUCCAUACAGGCCGAACGUGUACAGAAGCUUACAGAGUUCCUGGAGAACGAUCCUGCUGUAAGGGCCAUUCAUGACGUAAAGGCCACUGAUAUGGGACUGAGUAAAGUGCGCUUCAAGGCUGAAGUUGACUUUGAUGGUCGAGUCGUGACUCGGUCUUAUCUGGAAAAACAAGACAUUGACCAAAUCCUCAAUGAAAUUCAGCAGGUGAAGACCGCCGAAGAACUGGAGAGCUUCAUGCUGAAACACGGAGAGAACAUCAUCGACACCCUGGGGGCCGAAGUGGACCGCUUGGAGAAAGAACUCAAGCAACGUAACCCAGAAGUUCGUCAUGUAGACUUAGAGAUACUAUAACACCUAACGGGUCUCUGCGGAGGGAGCACCCUGCGCUGCGAAGAAGAACCGACAAGACAAAAAGUGAAAGGGCCAAGCCUACCUCCGCAACCUGCGUCCCAUCCUGACCGCCGUAAAGCGAACCCCCAUCGCCGCACAAGUCAUCAAGUCUUACUGUACGAUAUUUGACAAGCAUAUACAACGACAGUGUCUGGGCAGUCAUCGUGCUUUCUUUGUGUUGCUUCAGCCACACUUAACUGUACCGAGAAUUCAACCUGCUAGAGAUCCAUUUUCACAUUCAGGUGUGUGUGUGUUUGUUUCUGGCAUUAGUCAACCUGAAUUUCAGUAGAAAUUUAAAUCUCUUUGCAGUUCACACACACACAUACACGCACAAACACACACACACAGCUACGACAGUUUGGUCUUAUGGUUGCUAGUUUGAAGUCACAUUCCUUCUUGAAUGUGUGUGAAUUGGGCUGAAAAUCAUGACAACAUGACAAACAGGACCAGUAUCAUUAGCUACAUUUGUUCUUUAAAGUUGUGCUUGAGCCACGGUGAGUGAUAGUGUUUCCUUAAUUAGUAGAAAGGAAACCCGAGAGCUACAUAUUCAGAUGAGACUUAUUUAACUGCUAGAUGAUAUUAGUUCUUUUUUUUUUUCUUUUAAUGCAUAAACUGAGGAACUGAGGAUGGCAACGAGCUGCUGCAGGUUCUCUGUUAAAGACAGCAUUUAUGAUGAAUAGAUUUAAUUUGUAUUACAGAAAACUACGCAAAUUUGAAGGUGUUAUUAAGACUUUUGAUUUGUAUAAGAGUUGACGAGUGAACAGAUGUUAAAUACAGUAGCACUUAAUGAGCCACUGGAUCUACUAGUUAUUGGACAUAUUCAUCUUUACACAAGCCAAGAAGUGACAUUAUAGGCAGUAGUACCCUGCUCUUCCAUUUUAUUUCUAUCUUUGCCAGCUGCAAACUCCAAACUUUGAUGUUCUGCAGAUUUUAGUUGCUUUGUCUUGUAUUAAUCAUCAGCAUAGGAGUGCUUGUGCUGUUCCAAAGAUGAAAUACUGAAGGAAAGCAAAUUUGGCCAUAUUGCAUCAAGUGUAAAUAAGUGCUGUGAGAUAACAAAGUAUGCCUGACAAAUGGACCAGUUGUGUAUCAGUCGGGUUUCAUCAAGAUCAGUGCUGGAAAGGAUGCACCUGCCCAUUGCUUUGUUUGUGGUGCUAAACCAAAGUCAUAUUAUUCCAAUGUUCAGCACCCAAAAAGGUGAAGAGGUAGCACACACAUAGAUCUUGAUAAAGUAGACCAGUCUCAGUUUGGCCAUUCCCAGAACUCUAGAAUUAAGAUUAUUCUUCUUUGAUCAGCUCUGUGUGUGUGUGUGUGUGUGCUGCCUUUUUUUUCUUUACCUUUUGGUAUUCUGCAUAGGUUUCAUCAGGUGUUAAGCUCCACAAACAUUCAGCAUGAAAAUGUCACGAGGAUGCCACUGUGUACAGUUUGUACAUGCAGUUGACAUCAUUCUGCAUUAUGGGACACAACUGCCGGACACACGUCGUAUUCUGCUUCAGGAGGUGGGCCAAAGUCAUUUCAUCUACAGGGGAGGAAUAUUUUUCAAGGUGUCAAUAGUGUAGUAUUUUCCCAUUGGUUAUAAAUAUGUUGUCACUGCUGAAGGAGUUGGAAUAAAUUUAAAAUAAUUUAUUAAAUUAUGUUGCUUUUCUGUCAA